AUGGACUCACAAAACCAAACUGCUGUCACAGAAUUUCUCCUUCUGGGUCUGUCAGAUGAUCCAGACCUUCAGCCCAUCCUCUUUGGGCUGUUCCUAUCCCUGUACCUGGUCACUGUGCUUGGAAAUCUGCUCAUCAUCCUGGCUCCACCUCCCCCCCCCAUGUACUUCUUCAUCUCCAACCUAUCCUUCACUGACAUCUGUUUCAGCACCAGCACUGUCCUCAAGAUGCUGGUGAACCUCAAGAGACAGAACAAGGCCAUCAGUUAUGCAGGGUGCCUCACUCAGGCCUGCUUCCUGUACUUUGGGUUGGAAAACUUCCUGCUGGUAGCAAUGGCGUAUGAUCAGUAUGUGGCCAUCUGCCAUCCUCUGAGCUACACAGUCAUCAUGAACCCCUGCUUGUGUGUGGUGUUGCUCCUGUUCUCCUUGCCCAUCAAUAUUGGGGAUGCCCUCCUUCAUAGCCUGAUGAUCUUACGCCUGUCCAUCUGCACAGAUCUCACCGUCCCCCACUUCUUCUGUGAACUGAACCAGGUCCUCAAGCUCUCCUGCUCUGACACCCUCAUUAAUAAUAUCCUGGCAUACACAGUGACCACCCUAUUGGAUGGGGUUCCUCUCAUUGGAAUUCUUUUCUCUUAUAUUAAAAUGGUCUCUUGUCUUUUGCAAAUGCCCACCUCAUCUGGGGGCAAGUCCAAACCAUUCUCUACCUGUGGGUCUUACCUGUUUGAGGUUUCUUUGUUCUAUGGGACAGCUUUUGGGGUUUACAUUAGUUCUGCAGUUACCAACUCUUCCAGGAUGAUUGCAGUGCCUUUGCUGAUGUAUACGGUGGUCCCUCCCAUGAUGAACCCAUUUAUCUACAGCCUGAGAAACAGAGAUAUUAACCAAGCCUUGAAGAAGCUCAUCAGAACAUUUCUUAGAUGA